UAGCCGUCCCGGGGAAGUCGCUGUCCUUACCUUCGGCAGGAGCCCGCGCCUCCGUGUCUGCGUCCGCUGGCCCUGCGCUCUGUCCUGCAGCUACCCACUGCCUUCUUGCCGCCCACCAUGGCCCUGCUGCACUCUGGCCGCGUCCUGUCCGGGGUCGCCGCCGCUUUCCACCCGGGCCUCGCUGCUGCGGCUUCUGCCAGAGCCAGCUCUUGGUGGACCCAUGUGGAAAUGGGGCCCCCAGAUCCCAUCCUGGGAGUCACGGAAGCCUUUAAGAGAGACACCAACAGCAAAAAGAUGAAUCUGGGAGUUGGUGCCUACCGGGAUGAUAAUGGAAAGCCGUAUGUGCUCCCCAGUGUCCGGAAGGCAGAGGCCCAGAUUGCUGCGAAAAAUUUGGACAAAGAAUAUCUGCCCAUCGCAGGACUUGCUGAGUUUUGUAAGGCAUCUGCAGAGCUGGCCCUGGGUGAGAACAACGAAGUGUUGAAAAGUAGCCGGUAUGUCACCGUGCAAACCAUUUCUGGAACUGGGGCCUUGAGGAUCGGAGCCAGUUUUCUGCAAAGAUUUUUUAAGUUCAGCCGAGAUGUCUUUCUGCCCAAACCAUCCUGGGGAAAUCACACACCGAUCUUCAGGGACGCAGGCAUGCAGCUACAUGGUUAUCGAUAUUAUGACCCCAAGACGUGCGGCUUUGACUUCACAGGCGCCCUAGAGGACAUUUCGAAAAUGCCACAGCAAAGUGUUCUUCUCCUGCAUGCCUGUGCCCACAAUCCCACGGGAGUGGACCCCCGCCCUGAGCAGUGGAAGGAGAUAGCAGCAGUGGUGAAGAAAAACAAUCUCUUUGCAUUCUUUGACAUGGCCUACCAAGGCUUUGCCAGUGGUGAUGGUAACAAGGACGCCUGGGCUGUACGCCACUUCAUUGAACAGGGCAUUAAUGUUUGUCUCUGCCAAUCCUAUGCCAAGAACAUGGGCUUAUACGGUGAGCGUGUGGGAGCCUUCACUGUAGUCUGCAAAGAUGCUGACGAAGCUAAAAGGGUGGAGUCGCAGUUGAAGAUCUUGAUCCGUCCCAUGUAUUCCAACCCUCCCAUCAAUGGGGCCCGGAUUGCCUCCACCAUCCUGACCAGCCCUGACCUGCGAAAACAAUGGUUGCAGGAAGUAAAAGGCAUGGCCGACCGCAUCAUUAGCAUGCGGACUCAGCUGGUGUCCAACCUCAAGAAGGAGGGUUCUUCCCACAACUGGCAGCACAUCACUGACCAGAUUGGCAUGUUCUGUUUCACGGGACUAAAGCCCGAGCAGGUGGAGAGGCUAACCAAGGAGUUCUCCAUCUACAUGACAAAGGACGGCCGCAUCUCUGUAGCAGGGGUCACCUCUGGCAAUGUGGGCUACCUUGCCCAUGCCAUUCACCAGGUCACCAAGUAAUUUCCCUG